UCUUGGUAGCAUUAAGAGUUCCUUUCACUGGAACUAAGGGGCAGAGUCCAACCUUUUACAUGUAGACAUUUACCUCAUCAUUAAUCUGAAUAAGUCUAAAGUGAGAAGCCUUCAUUCACAUAAACACACACAGUCUGAGAAGGUGUGGACAUUUUAACGUGUUCUUCACCUACACUGUGAGCUUCCGAAGACGGAGUGGGUUCCAUUAAACAAGUCCAUUUUAAUGAGGAUUAAACGUGUCCUCUUGACAGGGGCAGGUUAAAAAUAAGAGAGAUAAUUUUAGAUUUAUUCCAGCACCAGUGGAGCGUGAGUGAAAGGCUCACCUGCUACUGAUGAACUGAUUUAGACAAACUCAAAAUAAGUGUUUUAUACAGAUUAUUACAGGUUCAUGAGAAGAUAAAAAUCUUCUAAGCAAUCCGUUCAAAAUGAAAAGUACAUCAAAGCACAUGAGCAGUGAGCUGCAUGAUACAGUCCAUGUACACCUGAUUUAACUCAUCAGCUCAUUAACACUCUCACUGAGGUUUCAGCAGAAAGAACGGUGCACUGAGGAUCUACAGGAUCGGAGUGGGGAUCUACUGCAGGAACAAGGCUGAGAGUCGGUGAGGAUCUACACUUCAGGAAUUGAGAGUCAUCAGUGAGGAUCUACUGCAGGAAUUGAGAGUCAUCAGUGAGGAUCUACUGCAGGAACAGGGCUGAGAGUCAGUGAGGAUCUACUGCAGGAACAGGGCUGAGAGUCAGUGAGGAUCUACUGCAGGAACAGCACUGAGAGUCAGUGAGGAUCUACUGCAGGAACAGGACUGAGAGUCAGUGAGGAUCUACUGCAGGAACAGCGCUGAGAGUCAGUGAGGAUCUACUGCAGGAACAGGGCUGAGAGUCAGUGAGGAUCUACUGCAGGAACAGGGCUGAGAGUCAGUGAGGAUCUACUGCAGGAACAGGACUGAGAGUCAGUGAGGAUCUACUGCAGGAACAGGACUGAGAGUCAGUGAGGAUCUACUGCAGGAACAGGGCUGAGAGUCAGUGAGGAUCUACUGCAGGAACAGGACUGAGAGUCAGUGAGGAUCUACUACAAGAAUUGGACUAAAAGUCAGAAAGGAGACACAGAAAUAGGGCUAAGAGUCAGUGAGGAUCUACUACAGCAGGGAUGUCCAAUUUUAUCCGCAAAGGGCCGGUGUGGGAGCAGGUUUUCAUUCCAAUUGAGCAGAAGUCACACCUGAGUCUACUGAAAGCCAAGAUCUACUGAUUAGCCAGUUGGAAUCAGGUGUAGCUUCUGCUUGGUUGGAAUGAAAACCUGCACCUACACCAGCCCUUUCUGGAUGAGAUUGGACACCCCUGUACUUCAGGAACUGAGAGUCAGUGAUGAUCUGCUAGAGGAGCAGGUCAGAGCCACAGUGAGGACUGAAAUUGAGCUCAAUCAGAACAGCAGGGUUUGGUAAUCAGUCCUCUGCUCACAAGCGGAGCUCACAUGCCAUUUCCACCGAGAUGCCUGAGAAGAUAGAAUUCCUGCCUGGAAGAAAACCUCUGCUGUAGGAAUAAAACAGGUAUUUUUUUUGCAGGGAUUCUCUGGAAUGUUUCAGUAUUUAGGUAGCAUGCAGGAAAUUAACUUGAGCGUGAAGUUUAUUUUUUUCUUCCCGACCGGCGCUUUACAGAAACACUUGGAGCAGACGCGCUCAAAACGAGAGCCGGCUAAUUAGCAUAAAGGUAGCCGGUGUCUCCAGAGCUUCAUUAGCAGCUUUUAAGAACAUUUUUAAUGCGCGUUUUUCCUCAAAGUCGAUUAAAAAUGGAGAGUGUGUUCUGUCCUGAAAGCUGAGCUGCUAAAACGCGACAAAACAAACAGAAAUGGACUCUGAGAGCUGAAAGACAAGUCGGAGAUUUUUAAAACCGGUUUUUCCCUCAGGAGUGAUGGAGGUGUUUGAGCAAAUUCCCACGGAAAGGGAGUUGGUUUUCCAGGCGAAAAUGCUGUGUCGUGAAUUCAUGUACUCCAGGAUAACUCGGGAAGGACUGAGCUGGACUGAGGUGGACACUGCUCCUCCUGCAGCUCCUGGAACUCUCGCACACACAGCUCUGGUGCUCCUCAAGCUGGGUGAUGAACUGGAGAACAUUCAGCCACACGUCUAUCGCAACAUCGCCAGGCAGCUGAACAUCUCGGUGACGAUGGAGGUGGUGGUGUCUGACGCUUUUCUGUCUGUAGCUACUGAAAUCCUAUCCCUCGGGAUCACGUGGGGGAAAGUGGUGGCCAUCUUUGCAGUGGCUGGUGGUCUGGCGGUGGACUGUGUGCGACAGGAGCGUCCGGCCGUAGUGCACACUAUAGAGGAGAGUCUAGGGGAGUUUGUGAGGAAGAGUCUAGUGCCCUGGCUCAGGAGGAGAGGAGGAUGGAGCGACAUUUUGAAGUGUGUGAGGAAUGUAGAGACCCGCUCUCAAACACACUGGCUCUCAUCAGUCGUACUGACCUGGAGACACCUUGUGAAGAUGAUCUACAUCUACCUGAUGAAGGAGCUGUGAGGCAUCAAGGACACAUACCCCCCCCACCCCACCCGCCCCUAGAUGGACAGAGGCUGGUGCCCUCUAGUGGCUCUACUGUGUACUACACUCUUAAAAUCAACGCUCAGUUUCACUUCCACACAUUCAGAGCAACUCUAAGAAAAUAGUUAGAAAUUAGUGAUCUCGAGGAAAAAAUAAAAAUGCUCCUUUUAAAAAUGUCCACAAUAAGGACAGAUGUGUAAAUUCACAAUAACAUUAAUAAACAAUGAAAAUACAUUUGAUUUAAGUAAAUAUAUUAAUAUUGAAAAUAAUUUAAAUGGUACUUUAAGCCACACCCCCUUCCCCUAGCUCUUUUUUUUUUUUAAAUAGUAUUUAUUUUUUAUAUUUAUCUAUUUUAGUGCAAUCUUGCUGCCCUUGUGUUGGUCUGUACCCAACACUGAGGUGUUUUUUAAUACUGUGUGAAAUCUAUGUUGCUUCUGAGUGAUGAGUUUUAGCUUGAUUUUUAUUGCAUGAAUUAAUUUUUUAUUUAUGUUCUCAUGUUGAUGUGGAGAACCAUGCUGCACUUUGGCUUUGUGUUGGAGCACUUUGACUUAUAUGCAUGCUAUAAAUAAAGAUUCCAAAUUUCUAUCGCAUUAAUGAAUAUUUAUUAAACAGAUGUAGAAGAGCCAUGAGCCAACUGAUACCACAAGGAAACUUUCAUUCUGUGAGUAAUGAUCUGUGUCUUUAAAUCAAUUAUUCAAUCAAUUAAUCACUUAAUUGAAUUUAUAAAUAAGAAUGUGUCUGAAAAAACAUUUUCUCAGUAUUACAUUUGAUAGUAUAGAAACCUGGUCAUAAAAUAAAAACAUGUUUAAUUAUAGUUUCUCUAGCUGGAAUUAGCCAAUAUUUUAAGCUGGAAAAUAUCGCAGAGUAUCAGUAAUUUAGAGAAGGAAAAAACAGAAGAUGAAUGCAGUUUAUGUAAAGAAUUAAAUCACUUCCACAUGACUUCAGCAAUAAAUAAAUAAAUACAAUUUUGAAUUUUUUUGGAAUUCACUAAAUUCACUGUUUAUUUGUUUCAUGAAAGAAAGAAAAA